AUGCCAAAGAAUAGUUUACCUACGUAUGAUGAGGUUUUGAGAGAAAAGGCCAUGGUUCGACAGAAUGGUGCACAACAAACUGCACCUCACGGUUAUGAUCAUCAAGGGUACAGUCAGCAAGGGUACAGCCAGCAAGGGUACAGCCAGGAAGGGUGUCAUCGAAAUAGUGAGCCAGUACAAAGUCAGUAUCCUCAGGAUCCGUAUGAUAUUCAACAUGCACGAUUCGGACAUGAUCUGCCAAAUUUGCCAUGGCAGUAUCCAAGGUUUUUCUACUGUCCUAAGUGUGCAAACACAGGGUAUAAGCUAAGACAUGGUCGUCAGUGCAAGAGUUGUUGGAGGAAGUUCAGCAGAAAUAACGCACGACCUGAAGUGCAAUAUUUGCAACCCAGAUAUCCUGUUUCUUACGUUUCAGGUGGGAGUAAUUCGAUGUUUUUUACAAUUCCUCCCAUGCAAAUGACCUUAACUCCGCAUGCACCAGUUUUACAAACUGCGCCUCUCAUGGUACCUCCUGGCGACCCUCGGAUCGGAGGUUACCAAUGUGCAGAGUGUAAUGGCACAGGACGUAUAAGAUUUUUGCUAGACAAGGAAUACUGUCAUGUGUGUCACGGUAUUGGGAGGAUAUUCUAG